CCGAUUCGACUGAAUAUCGAUAGCUCCGCUAGUACUAGCAAGUCCUACUUAAUUAAACUCCUGUCUGCUCGGCUACAAGCUAUAGCUAUAGUAGACGGCAAUAAGCCUAACCCUAUCGCUCGUGUAGCUCCGACUAGAUCCGCUAUAUAUAACAUCCGUAGCUCUAUAAUUUACACCUUCCUCUUAAUCCCCGUCGUAGGCAAAUUUGCGCCGCUUUAA